AGGGGGACGGAGGGAAGGGUCAAGGAGGAGCAGCAAAGCAAAGCGAGGGAAGCCAAGGAAGCAAGAGCGCCCAAAUAACCAAAUAACGGAGGGGUUCUGGGGGCGGAGGCCGUGUUAAUACGAAAUACAAUUUAAGAUUUUAAGCGUGCGGAGCAGUUUAGGUUUGCGUCUUGGGAAUUCCAUUUAAGAACAAGGACGCAACUAAAAGGACGGAUCAAAAAAGCAAACGUCACUUCCGAGCGUCUAUCGCGCACCCGAAAACCCUGCUGCGUUCCCUGUAUGGGAAAUCCGUUCUUCCACUGCUUGCAAGUUACAUAAAAAUCAGACAGCAUCUGUCACACCCCAAAUUCACCUCAUUUGCUGUCAUGCCUUCUAUCGCUUUUAAGCCAUUCUCCUUCUCUUCGUCUUCCUCCCCAUCAGCAUCACGCAAGGUCAAGGGAUCAUCCGGAUGUGGAGAUCAAUCAGUUGGGACACAAGGACGCGGAAUUCGCAAACAUGCUCAUCAUAAACACAACCACACCAAUGUGCAGAUGGUGUUUGCCAGUAGUAGAGACAUGAUUAUCAAUGCCGAUAUAAAGCAAAAAUUCAAGACGCCGCCCAGGAAAAAACCUGGACGAGAGUUGAAGGAUCUGCCGACAGAGAUCUGGGCUCGAAUUGUAUCUUACCUUCCCGACCUUGCCCCUUUCUCGGCAGCAAGCCGAGCAACCCACGGACUCCUUAGUGAUCGCCAUGUUCGGUGUGCAUGCCUCUAUGGAAAGUAUGGCGUGCCUCUCGCCCUCUACCAAGCGUACACACAUCAUCACCGCCUGCUGCGCCAAGAUCCGCAGCUUGUAAAGUUAAUGAUUCGAGGCGGUGCGCGUGUCCCUCGAUUUUUUGCUCAACAGCUCGUUCGUCAUCACAAGAACGAUUCAAAGCUUCCGUACUUGGAGAGUUUUAUUCUUGAAGAGGCUUACAUGACUUAUGGAUGGAGUACAGACUUUCAGUCUACGGACGACAUCAUGGCAUUUGAGUCUCUUACGAACGACCUUGAGCAACAUCUGGGUCAAGUUCGAGAGCUCAUUUCGAGCUUUUAUUUUGUGCCAUUAGAAACAGUGACGCCAACUGCAACAAUUCGUCUCUACCAACUUCUCCAAGCCGAUAUAUCCAUUCUCGAUGUCCUUAUACAUCAAAAUGGAAUGGAUCCUCGUGCAAUCAACGACACCUUUAUGCGUCAACUACUCUCAUCGUCAAAGAACCGCGACAAAGCCCCAGAACUGCUACCAGAGUAUAUCAAGCGCGGUUUCUCACUCUCACGACAAGUAGUUCUCUCCCAACUGCGGGAUUGUCCCACACCGUGCAUUCUCAUGGCCCUUAAGAACUACGUCCCUAAACCUCUCCUUCUUUCAUGUGCGCAUCAAGUGCUGCGAGAUUACUUUGGUCCAUCGUCGCACGGCUUCUAUCCCGAAACCGUUGAACACAUAGUGUCAACCUUUGAUGUUCCUGACUCACUAAUGAAGACGAUUCUGUUUCAUCCUGCCAACGUAUACGCACUGCCGUACGCCACACGAUGCUUUGAGCAAUCCAAUCCUGUCCCAGUUUGGCGUUGGGUUGUAGGACGAUAUGGUGCAGGUCAUGCCUUUUCAGUAAAGUGCUUUGAUGACUUGUUGGUCUGGGUAUCGGAACUGGGACAGAGAUGGAAGCGAAUGUUUAGAAACGCUAGUGCAAAUGAGUCACAUCUGCGGUGGGACGGAUGGCCUGAAUCGGAUGAUUUCCGACAAACUGAUCUUGUAGAGAGGUAUUCGAAUCAGGGACCUUGGGGAGUGAUACUCGAGUUUAUUGACCGUGGUGCCACACUUCGUCCACGUCACAUACCCUACCUGACCAAGAUAUACGGAGUUUCUCCCGUCGUUCCUGCCGUUGCGUUGGGACGGGUUCUGACCAUUUUCCAGCGGAACGCUUUGAACGGCCAUAUUGGCAUAACAGACUGCGAAAGGAGAGAGUGGGUCAACGCUCUAAAGAAUACCGUAACGACCGUUCUAGGCGCCGAUCCCUCUGGCUCGACUAGUAGCCGAAAGUGGAAAAGCAAGAGCUGGUCGACUGUUCCAUCACCCGCCGAUGAACGUCGUCGAUCUGGGUCAAGCACCUCAGCAUUGUCCUUCAUGGACGUUGUCCGACAAAUGCUUGUUGUACUUGGCGAAGAUUGGAGUGGACCUGGUGAAAAGACUUGGCGGGGAGCCUUCAAAACGGGCUUACCUGCUGGACGAGCAAAGACAUGGGAUGUUGGUGGCGAGAGUCGGUGGGGUUGGCUGCGAAAGGGCUUGGGUCUGAGUUGACACUCGUCCCAUGUGUAAAUUCCUUUUUUUUUUUUUUA